AUGGCCGCCACCGCCGCAGUCUACGGAAACUACAAGGGCUACCAGGGCUCCGCCCGCACGACGACGGGCUCCAACACGAGCAGCAACAUUCUCGACGAGCGGCUUGGGCUCGUGUCCACCGCGGUGCCGUCGAUCUUCUCUCACAGUCGGGUUCUUGACAUCGGGUGCAACGACGGGCGCGUAGCGGUCGACAUCGCGCUGCACUUCGGUCCCGCGGCCGUCACCGGCCUCGACCCGGACGGCGCCCUGAUCGUGAAGGCGAAGUCGCACCUGUCUUUCCGGUGGUCGCGGUUGGGUCCGAACGGCGAGGUUGAUUACUACCCUGCCUCCGCGGUCCAGAAGACCGGUCAUGUGCCGUAUCCGCUGGAUGAAGGUGGCGAGGGCUUGCCGCAUUGUGUUAGGUUCGCAAAGGCGGAUUUUGUGGAUUGGGAGGGCGCCGGGGAGGGGAGCUGCAGCACUGUGCUUAUGCUCAGUGUCGUUAAGUGGAUCCAUUUGGAGCAUGGGGAUGAGGGACUUACACGCGCGUUUGCCAAAGUCGCCGCGCUGCUAGAGGUCGGCGGGCACUUCGUCUUUGAGCCGCAAGACGCGAAGAGUUACGAGACAGCGGUGAAGAAGAAUCCGAGAUUGAAAGAGAAGAAGGCAGCAUUGAAAAUCGAGCCCGAGGAUUUUACGAGGAUGCUGGAGGAGGUGGGAUUGGAGCUUGUGCAUGAAAUUGGGGGGAGGAAGAGGAGUAUUGGUAUUUGGAGGAAGAAGUGA